GUGAACGCAGCGCGGAGAGCGCUGGACCAGGCGCAGGAACUCGUUUUUACGCACAAGUCCAGCCGGUGUCGUACGGUGAGGAUGCCGCUGCCGCCACUGACGGACCACUGACGGACCACUGACGGACCACUGACGGACCACGGACGGACCACGGACGGACCACGGACGGACCACUGAAGCAACAGCAGUAAAGUCUGUCGAAUAUCGCGCUUCGACAUUUCCAGUCUUCUUCGCAUUUGAGCGCUGCAGUCAUUUCGGCGUAGUUGUCUGUAAACCUGGUCCUCUCAGUAAAACCACCCCCGAAGAAGAGCUUGGCACCAUGAAACUACUCUUACCGCUCCUGGUCGCCUUCCUCGCGGUGGCCCAUGCGUUCUGUGAAGAAAUCGUGCCAAAAGAAGAACUUGAUUACUGGACGAGCAGCGAUCAAAUCCAGAACCGGUGGCUUUCAACGGACCCCUUCAGAGACAUCCUACGAAGAAUGACGAGGAAGCCCCGGCCACACCAGUUCAUCGGCCUGAUGGGGAAACGCUCCACGGCGAAUGGACAGAUCACCCGCAAAAGGCACAAAAUCAACUCCUUUGUCGGGCUGAUGGGGAGAAGGAGCCAGGCGGAGCCAGAUUCCUAUGAAUGGAGCACGAUACAGAGCUACGACUCCCGCCGCUGAGCAGCCGUCCUCCUCCUGUGCCUCCCACCGUUCAUCUCACUGUUCCUCCUGCUCUCCUUCUCGCCCACGCCUCCUGUGUCAGAGGGCACCGGAUGCUGGUUUUCUUUCCUCGGAGCUACGUAUCGUUGUUCUAUGCUGAUGACGUUUCUGUUCCCGCGCUGUAGUGAUGUAGCGGUGCUGUGCUCGUGCCACUUUGAUUUAUCUGCCCCAGCAGACGGGGGGGUGGGGGUGGGGGGGUGCAAAACCACUUCAGCAACGCGUUGUUAUUCAGUAUGUGUAACCGUUUCUAAACCAGUUGACAUGUCAGACAAACUCCUGCUAUGUGUUGUGGACCAUCAGAGCAAAGCUGUACCGCAGGGUACUUACUUACGUACUUACUUACGUACUUAAUUACUUAUACUUAAUUACUUACUUACUGUGUGUGUGUGUGUGUGUGUGUGUACGUAGAAAAACUGCACUGCCAAUUUCACUGUAUAGUGCCUCAUAACUAUUAAAUCACAACUGAUUGUUCUGUACAUACAACCUCUGGAGCGGACUGCACCCACACCAUAUAAGUUCCUUGGUAGCACCUUCUAUGAAGCUUGCAUCUAUAACGCCCUAUAAGCAUCCAUAACGCCCUAUAAGCAUCUAUUGCAUCUAUAACGCCCACGCCUUCCUAUAAUGUGUAUUACAGUGACUAACGACUACGGCUGAAGACUGUGGAAUAGCACCGAAGUCUCAUUAUGCACCCCUACAAAGCUUCAGCAAAACAAGUUGGCUAUGACGCAUUAUGACAGUUGACAGAUAAACAGGCUAAUGAUGACAUAUUUAUACUGCAUAAAUCCGUUUUAAAUUGACAAGGUAUCAUAAAGGUGGUUGUGAGGUGUCGUGAGGGCGUAUACAUGGUUAUAAUUAAUCUUACAAUGACUUAUAGCUACACGUAUAGGGUGUUAUAAGUGCUUAUAGGGCGUUAUAGAUGCAAGCCUCAUAGAAAGUGUGACCGUUUCCUUUUGGUUCCAAGUGACGCCGUCACGUUUUCGAAGUGGGCAGACGGUGUGGUUUGACAGAACACAGUAGCUCGAUAUAUUAAAAUUAUUUUCAUUUAUU